UAAUCAAAGACGGAGUUGACGGAGGGCUUGUACGGCUUGUGAUUGGACACUUGAUAGUGGUUGAUGUCAAUUGAUGUUUGUUUGACGAAGUGAGGCAAGAAUUUUAUCGUCUUGCCUGUCGUUCAACUGCAUCGACAUGCUGGCGUCUCUACGUCGAGCUUGCGGGCUCUUCGCUCCAAGGAACAUUAGGGGAGUGCAAACAACAGCAAAUCGCAUGUCGGAUCAAUUGUUUGUUCAUAGAGACAGUGAGCAAGACAAUCCUAAUAUACCGUUUGAGUUCAAUGAGGCAAAUAAGAAGCGGAUCGAGGCACUUCUUGCAAUCUAUCCUGAAGGUCACAAGCGUGGUGCCAUGAUACCUCUGUUGGACCUGGCGCAACGGCAACACGGCUGGCUGCCCAUUUCUGCCAUGCAUAAAGUCGCCGAGAUAUUGGACGUGCCGCGUAUGAGAGUGUACGAAGUAGCCACGUUCUACACGAUGUUCAAUCGCAAGCCUAUGGGCAAAUAUCACAUACAGAUCUGCACUUGUACUCCGUGCUGGCUAAGAGACUCUGACUCGAUAGUUAACGCCGUGACGAAGGCUACGAAUUGCGAACUUGGCGGCACCUCUGCAGAUAAGCUAUUCACCGUUUCCGAAGUGGAAUGUCUUGGUGCUUGUGCCAAUGCCCCGAUGUUUCAAGUAAACGAUGAUUAUUAUGAAGAUUUGACUCCAGAGACUGCGACAACUAUUAUAAAUGCUUUCAAGAAGGGUGAGAGGCCACCACCAGGCCCACAGAAUUCUCCUAGAUUCGCGGCUGAUCCUGCUGAUGGACUUACAUCGUUAACGACUCCGCCACCGGGUCCUGGAUUUGGAGUUAGGUCGGACUUGUAAAAUAUAUGUUUUAAUAAGGUUGUGUAG